AUGAACCUGUACAGUGGGCUGUUCCCGUCAGCACUACCGCCGACUGUUACAACCUCGACACCUCUGGAGACGGGCGUACCUCUGGCGAGAGGGGCAGAGACGACUGAGGGAGAGACGGGUCAGAUGUUACCAUUGACUGCCGAGCAUGUGGCAUCUCCGGAACACGGCUUACUGUCAGCUGUCGCGUUGUUGCCACCACUGUUGGGGGAUGAGGUGGAGGGAGGGGAGGGAGUGAGGGAAGGCACCGUGGAGGAAAGCACUGGAGCUAAAACUUCUCGUUUGGUGGAGUUACAACCCUCGCCACCUCCCCCGGACACAGAGCUGCCUCAGCUGGUACCGAGGGGCGGGGGAGGGGAGGGAGAGAUGCCGGCCACAAGGGCAAGGAAACGGAAGAAGAUGAAGACGAAACAGCAGCAGCAGCAACAGCAGCCGACCAUGACAGUGCCUACAGCUGGUGAUGGUGAAGGGAACCGGGAGACGAGAGGACCGCUAGCACAACAGCAUUUCCCACCCCCUCCCGCCGGCAAUGGGGUGGAGCCAGUGGGCGUGGCCGACCACACCCACCACCUGGCGCAGCUGUACCAGCUGGUGGCGAGUCAGCAGAGGGAGAUUGCUGAGCUGCAGGCCGAGCAGAGGCUGGACAAGGUCCUGAAGGAGAAGCAGCUGGUUGACCGACAGAGGCAAGACAAGCUCAUCUCCACGGUGUCGCAGACGCUCACCUCCGCCGUACACGUCAAGCUGGAGAAGGUCGUCAAGUCGGAGAUGAAGACACAUGUCACUCCAGCUGUGAGUCGUAGUCUGGGCAGUGUGCAGGACCAACUGACAGCUACGGUGCAGUCAGCUACCGACACAGCUCUCAAAGACGGCAUCGCCAGCAUUCUUCACACCAAGGGUUUACCAGAGGCUGUUGGGACCGCUGUGGCGGGCUCUAUUAGGAGUAACAUCCAGGGGAUGUACGACGAGACCUUUCGAAAAGUUGUCCUCCCGGCUUUCGAACGGAGCAGUCAAGAAAUGUUCAGACAAGUUGACGAGGCAUUUAGGAGAGGCAUUGCCGAAUACCUGUCCCAGCUGCAGCAACAAUUCCACCAGCUGAGCGAGCCGGCCCUCCAGCACCUGGCCUCCUCCUACCACUCCCUCCACUCCCUCCUCACCUCCCCCGACUCUCCGCUCCUGACCAGCCUUCAGAGGGAGAUCAGGACUACCAUGCAGAGAAACACGCCCCACUCCAUCAGCCCUGAGGCCCGUGCCAUGGAAGAGAGAGCUCGUAAAGAAGAGAUUCAGCGCCUGGUGCAGUCUCAGGAGUUGAACCGAGCCUUCGAGACGGCUCUCUCGACCUCCGACCUCUCCCUCGUCCUCUACCUGUGCCAGCAGGUGACCCCCGAGGACGUAUUUGACAAGACCCCCUGCCCCCUCUCCCAGCCCGUCCUCCUCUCCCUCGUCCAGCAGCUCUCCGUGGACCUCUCUGAACACGUGGACCUCAAGCUAAGGUUUCUGGAGGCCUCGGUUCUGGGGCUGGACGUAAACAAUGACAUCACCAAGAGUCACAUGACCCAAGUCCUGCGAACUCUGACCCAGCAGCUGGCCGGGGCGGAGCAGGCCAAUCGCUCCGUCCCCAACUCUGCGGCUCUCCUCCGCUCCGUGAGGAGGCUGAGAAUGGUGACCGAGAGUCUGUGCCCGCCAAUUAACUAGCCCAGCAAGUACAAUUCCCUACUCCACAUUAUUCCAAGUCAAUAUUUACUGCGAGAAGCAAAACUGCCAAAUAUCCAAAUUCAUUUUUGUAUAUUAAAACUGUGCAUUCACAAUCCUUUACAUAGUUAUGUUUUGUUCAGCCAAGUAUUCGGUGCAUUUAACUUUUCUUUUAGCAAGUGAUUUUGUGUGUGUAUAUUCAUUUGCUGUUAGCAGAGAAAUGCACAUUUUUGGAAUGUCAUUUGUUGUGC